AUGAGUUCUACCGUCCCCAAGCCCAAGGUCACUCACCUUGGGAGUAUCGACCAUGCACAGACAGCUUGGAAUGCACUGGGUAAAAUAGCAGAGCUAGUCGAGUCAUCGGCAAUCAACCGAGCCGAGUUCAUCCAAGAGUGCAAAGACGGCAAGCUGGAUGGCGUUGUUGCGACAUACCAAACAAUUGGCUCCGUAGCCCUAACAGGGCUCGUAGACGAGGAGCUAUUGAACGUGCUCCCAAGCUCACUCCGUUAUAUUGCGCAUUGCGGAGCCGGAUCUGAUCAAGUGGAUGUUCACGCCUGCAGUGCACGCAACCCCCCGAUCCGAGUCUCCAAUGUCCCAACUGCAGUGGACGAUGCCACCGUCGACGUGAACAUGUUCUUAAUCCUCGGCGCAAUGCGCAACUUCAGCGCCGGUAUGACCGCCUUGCGCGAGGGCAAGUGGCGUGGCAACCCGGCGCCUCCUCUUGGCCAUGACCCCGAAGGAAAGGUUCUUGGGAUUCUGGGAAUGGGUGGCAUUGGACGUAAUUUGAAGAAGAAGGCGGAGGCUUUUGAGAUGAAGGUCAUCUAUCAUAACCGCCGCAAGCUCAGUGAUGAGAUGUCUGCUGGUGCUUAA